AUGAAAGCAUAUCGAUUUGACAACGUUGACGCUGGCCUCCAGCUGGAAGAUAUUGAUAUGCCACAAGCUUCUCCGGGCGAGGUUCUCAUCGCAGUCAAAGCUGCUGGCCUAUGUCAUUCUGACUGUCAUAUCUUGAAAGAAAAUAACUGGGUCGGGAAACGUCCGAUUACCCUUGGGCACGAAGUAGCCGGAAACAUCAUCGCACUCGGCGAUGAGGCGCUCAAUGUUCAAAUUAGUGACAGAGUCGCCGUCGCUCUGAUUAGCCACCCGAUAGAAGAAAUGCAAUUGUCCGCAUCAAUUGGACUCGGAUUCGAUGGGGGUUUUGCCGAAUAUGUCGCAGCUCCUAUUACACAUAUUGUUCCGAUUCCGCAUGGAGUCAGCUAUGAGCAAGCUGCUGUCGCCACUGACUCAAUAUCGACCGCGUACCACGCUAUUCUAGCCGAGGCCAAGGUGACCGCAUCAACCACAGUUGCGAUCGUGGGACUGGGCGGGUUGGGAUUGAAUGGUCUUCGCAUUGCGGCGCUUCAGGGAGCCCGUGUCUAUGGAAUCGACAUCGAUCCCAAGAAAUGCGCCGCAGCAAAGAAACUCGGAGCAGUUGAAUGCUUUGUCAGCCUUGCCUCGAUCAAGGAUGUGAUGAUUGACGUGGUUGUGGAUUUUGUUGGUUUGAGUGCCACAUUAUCCGAAGCGAUCACCUCCGUCAAGCUAGGAGGGCGGAUUGUGGCCGUAGGUUUAGGUGAAACCGAGACAAACUUACCGCUUUUCAGUCUUGUCACUCGCGGCAUUGAAUUGAAAGGUUCGAGCGGGGCAAGUUUGCAGGAUUUCCAUUCUGCCAUGGCGCUCAUUGCAUCUGGCGAUAUUUGUCCUAUCUUGGAAGAUAUACCUUUCACUCACCUGACCGAGGGUUUUAAUCGCCUAGAGCGAGGUGAAGUCAACGGACGACUUUUCACGAGACCCGUUGGGAAUGAUAAAAAUACCUCAAAACCAGCCUGA